AUACUUUUGCGGAGAGACGAUAGAAACAAACUGCCUGAAUGACAGUAACGCCAGACGACGUACUUCUCUUCGAAGUGUAACACCACGUCUUUUUAGUUAUUUUUUUUUGUUUUGAUAUUGUUAUUGUUUGACAUUCGACAAAGCUCUUUGUUAGUUUAACAAUAAAAUUAUAAUAUAAACAAUUUGUUUUAUUAAUUUUAUUUAAAAACAAAAAUUAAAAGCAGAAUGUCUUCACUUGGACAAGUUUUGAAAAGUAUUGGACCAAAAUUAGUGCCAUUUUUUAAAACAUCAUGUAUUUAUUUUGUUUUGAUGGCUGAGCAGCCAUCAUUAUUAACAGCCUGUAUUAAAUGUUUGCCAAUAAUCAGUCUUAUCAUGUUUGUAUUUUUACAUGGUAUGAGUCUUUCCAAAGAGCAUACAUUUUCACGAAGGAUUGUUGCUGGUCUUGUAUUUAGUUGUUUUGGUGAUGCUUUAAUAAUCUGGCCAAACCUGUUCCUUGGAGGUAUGGCAAUGUUUGCCAUUGCUCAAAUAAUGUAUAUCAGUGCAUUUGGAUUUAAACCAUUAAAUCCAAAAAUAGGAGCAAUUAUAUUUGCUCUUGCGACAAUAGUUACUUACAUUUUGAUGCCAGGACUCAAUGGAGUACUUGCAAUUGGUGUGCCAAUUUAUAUAUCCUUGCUUGGAGGAAUGACAUGGAGGGCUAUUUCUCAAGUGCAACUAUCAAAAGAGAAUGGAAUGAAAUGGACAAAACUUUGCAGUUGCAUUGGUGGAAUAUUAUUUCUAAUAUCAGAUACAAUACUUGGUUUUCAUCAUUUCUAUCAUCCAAUUCCUUACUCAGCGGUGUCAAUAAUGCUGACCUACUAUGCAGCACAAUUGGGAAUUGCUCUAAGUACUGUCAACUCAAAAAAUAACAAUAUAAAUAAACAAGUUAAUGUUAAAUAAUUAAAUAAUUUUUUAAAAUAAUAAUUUAAAUUUUAUCUUAUUAGAAAAAUUUAUAAUAAUAUUUAUUUUUAAUUUGAUUCAUCUAGCGUCAUUUACCAUUAGCACUGCCAUAAUUUUUAGAAACGAAAAAAUAAUAAUCAGUAUUUAAUGUUUUUACAUUGACGUUAGAUUAGAGUCAUGAAUGAGACUGACAAAAAGGUACUUUGAUAAAUAUGGAAAAAAACAAAUGAUAUAAAAUAAAUAUCUUUGUAUGAUAUUUAUUAAUUAAAUGGGAAAAAUAUGUUCAAAUUAAUUAAUUCAACGUGGAAUUAAAUUUUAUGUAUAUUAAAAUAAUUUCGAAUUAUUGUAUAUAAUAAUGAUAUGCUGAUUGAGUUGAGUGAAUAACCCCCGGUACUUGAGGAAAUAAAUUAUCUUUGUCGGUUUAUCAUGAGCAGUAAAUUGUUUAAAAAAAAAAAACGAAUCAUCUAGUUAUAAAUAUAGCAAGACUAAAAUGACCUUGAGGAAUUUAAAUAAAAGAAAAUUUUAAAUUUCGUUAAUUUGUAGAAAUUUUUAUAAAUUAAAAUGAAUUAGUCAUGAAUAAAGUUGAAUAAUACUGUUUGAUAUAUAAAAAACAAUUAAAUAAAUUGUUGACAAUUAAAAUUUCUUGAAUAUAAAUUUUGCAAAACACAAUUGAGAUUAAAAAAAAAAAGUUGUUGAUUUAAUGGUUCAUCGAUCUCCGAUAAAUUUCAAUUCAGUUGUUAAAAUAUUAUUAGUAUAUUUUUUUCGUUCAAUUUGUUCGUGACAUUCUUCUUGCAGUUUAAUCAUUUUAUUAAUCAACAAUUUAAUGGUAAAUUUGCAUGUUAAACAAAUAAAAAAAAUAUGGUAAACUUGAUGUGACCUUGGGAUCUAUUUUAUCCAGAUGAAAAGCUAUUAUUUGUGAUAAACUGCAGAGGGGUAGCGUGACUAUAAAAUCAUAGACAAUUUUAAAGGCCUCACCUUGAAUUGAUAAUAGGCAUUGUUUUUUUUCCUGAUAGUAAUUUUUCAGUAUGUAUAUAAUUUUAAUUGAAAGACAAAAAAAAACUGGGAUUUAUUAUUUCAAGCAGAUGAAUUUAAAUUUACGAAAUUGAAUAAUUUAUUUAGAAAAAUUGUCAUUGCAUGUUUUUUAAAUUAAAUGAUUAGAUUAAAGAAAAAAUUAAUUAAAUUGUAAAUUGAUAUUUACAAGUUUAGUAAAAAAGAAAAAUAGCUUGUAAUUUAAAUAUCUGUGUUAAAAAAAAUUACUAGAGUUGUUAUAAAUUAAGUGUAUGGAAAUUUGUUAAUAAAAAAAAAUGUUUUUUUCUGUUAAAUAAAUAUAUUAUUCAUGUAAUUUAUAAACUAGUUAUAAAAAAAAUAUAAAUAUUACAAGGAAUAAUAAUAAUACUGUAUUUAGAUAAGAAAAAAAAAAAAAGAUUUACCUUACAAAAAAAAAAUUGCCGCAUAAUUUUGUGUAUGAAGUUAAUGUAAAAAAACAAUUAUUUACAAUAAUUAUUUACAAUAAAUCAACACACUAUGCUUUUUUGA